AUCAUACUUCACUGUCCACUGACCAAAGCUCAAACGGUUGUGGCCUGGGAAUGGCGCGAACCUAUACCACCUGACUCGCAAGUCGCUCGAAGUCUUCCCUCGGACGCAAGUCCCAGCUUUACAGUGUCUUAUUCGGAGCCGGGAAUUUACAGCAACGGAAACGUUGAGAUUGGUCCCGACCUCCUCUGGGUACGCGUACUUGACCCCUUCUCACCUGAGGCUCCGAGAAAGCUGUGGUGCAAAUUUCGCAUGAAAUCUCUAUGGAAAACGAAGUCACUCGAUCCCUCGUACUAUGAAAUCGAUUGGGAGCUCUAUGAUCCCAUCAAUGUGCAACUGAAGAUGCUCAAUUCGUCCGAAAAGGAGUUCUACGACCACCUGGGCAGUGCAGAGCCGAGCAUCGAUUACUCCGACCUCUAUGGAAGUCUGGGCAUGGAGAAGGAACGCUCUUCUCUGCGUGAUCGUAUGGAGCUGCGCUCACAGCCCAAACUCAUCGAGGGUUACCCGGCCAAGUUGGCCUGUGUAUUUCGGCCCAUCCCCACGGUGAAUAGUGUGCGACCGGCUCAGGUGGCCUCCUGGUUUCGUGGAGACCGGUCCCUGCCGCAG